GCUUUACAGCACGCACAUUUCUAAACAACCACCAUCAUGUCCGCUCUCAACGCCUCUCUCCAAGUCGCCAACAUCGUCGAAGCUUCCGGUAUACCAUACGUCGAGAAUCUGGCCAAGCUUGCUGUGGCCGUCAUAGAGUUGCUCGAGAAGAAAGGAAAGAAUAGAGAAGACGUGAAGGAGCUCUGCGAGAGCAUCAACAAUACAGUUGCCGUUAUCCAAACACUUGUCGCUAAGCAUGGCGAGCGAGGUGCGGCAUAUUUCAAGGGCAUUUGUUCAGAGAUGAUAGAAUAUCUCUCUGGCAUGUCCCACGAUCUGCAAGACAUGCAGGGCAAACACCGCGGAAUCAAAGGCAUCUUUAAUGUUAACAAGAUCCAGGAUAAGAUCAAAGGUUACAAGAGGCGUGUCGAUGACUUGAAGAUGGACUUUUUGAUCCACACAACGGGCGACAUCAUGUUGAUGCUCACUGAGAUCAACUACAAGCUAGCUGUGCAGGAAACCGGAUCGCAAGAACAGCCAGUGACCAUUCAGAUCACGAUUAUAUGCUGUGUUUUUUUUGUAGAUGAGCACCCAUUGCUGAUAUCGGAUUAUCAUUGAUGUAUAGUAGUGGA